GUGUCUCCUGCCGCGCCCCGCCCCCGCCGCAGUGCCCGGAUGCGGGUGACGUGCGGCCGCCAUCUUCCAGUCCCGGGUAGCCAGCGCCAGUCGGAGCCAGCGCGAGCCGCCGCCGCCGUCACUGCCUCUGCCAAGCCCCCUGCCCGCUGCCCCCCGCCAUGUCGGCUACCGCUGCCACUGUCCCGCCUGCCGCCCCGGCCGGCGAGGGCGGCCCCCCUGCACCCCCUCCAAAUCUUACCAGUAACAGGAGACUGCAGCAGACCCAGGCCCAGGUGGAUGAGGUGGUGGACAUCAUGCGGGUGAAUGUGGACAAGGUCCUGGAGCGGGACCAGAAGCUGUCGGAGCUGGACGACCGGGCAGAUGCCCUCCAGGCAGGGGCCUCCCAGUUUGAAACAAGCGCGGCCAAGCUCAAGCGCAAGUACUGGUGGAAAAACCUCAAGAUGAUGAUCAUCUUGGGAGUGAUUUGCGCCAUCAUCCUCAUCAUCAUCAUCGUUUACUUCAGCACUUAAACCCCCAGGAGUCUGCCCUGCCUCAGAAGGGCCCCUCCCCACCCCAAGCCGGCCCUCCUCCUCUCAGCCAUAUCUUUCAGCCCCCUCCCGUGGAUCCGUUUGUGUGUGUGUGUGUGUGUGUGUGUGUCUGUGUGUGUGCCCCCUGUAAAUAGCCAGCUGUUAUUUAUACAUAUAUAAUAUUAUAUAUAUUUGGUCUGUUUGUAGUUUUAUUACUAGAAGAUUUUUUCCGGUUGUCCUUAACACCCCUUCCUGUGGUCCCAUCACCUCUCUCUCUCCCUCUUUUCUUCCUCAGCCCCAAGCCCCUUCAUUUGCAUCUGCUAUGCAAUAGGCCCUCUCCUUCCCUUGGAUUAACUGAUCCUCCCCUAUCUUCCCUGGACAACUCCUGACCCUCCCCGAAACAAAAAGCGAACCCCACAGAAACAAAACACCCCACCUGUCCAGGCUUCCCUAGGUUGCAUCUUUGUAUCCCUUGGGAGGCUCUGAGACUGGUUCCACUUGGUCCUAAGAAUCCCAAAGUUUUCUGGGAGCAUCCAACAUGUUAAUUAGCAUAUCAUUUGCAUACUGUCUUUUGGUUUCCUUUUCUUUCCAUUGUUCUUCACUCUUUUCUGUGUUUUUCUUU